AUGGGUGUUCAAGUUUUCAGUCCCCAGAAUUGCCUCAAAGACUCUGUCUCACCUCAAGCACUGAUGAAUUCCAAUCGGAACCCUAACCCUAAUCGGGUCAGAACCUCCCCACAAGCCGACCGGAGUAAGCGAAGGCUGACUAGGCCAAACAACAACCCAACCCCCCCGGUCCAGAAACCCGCUGCCCCCAAGAAUGUCGUCAUGGGCCAGGUCAAAAUCCUAAAACGCGGCGAGGAAAUCCCCAAAGCGGCCCCGAUUCGGCCACCACAGAAGCAGAAUCUCCAUCCCCAAGUUCCGGAUCUCGGAUCCACCAGCCGGAUGGGUCCUGACCCGAAUAUGGUUCCUAUUCGUCCGAAGCAGACCAAGCUUCCGGAGCCGAACUGGGCUUCCGGGUUCUACGCCGGGUCGUCGUCGUGCAUAGCUGCGCCUCCCCCGAGUUCCGUACCUCUGCCGUCGUUCUUCGCAAAGAAGAGCGCCCCUUCAAGCACCGAUGAAGCUGCAAGCGUGCUGCUGAAGCUUCUGCGGCUGAAUUUGUCGUAG